ACACUGCCGGUGCUCAGCAGUACCGCAAUAAUGCCUCUGCAGCACCUCUUCACACAUCUGUCAUUCGCCAGAACACUCCCGAUGGCUCCAAGAUGCAGGUCUCGAACCUUGACCGCCAAGUCUCUGCCGAGGACCUGAAGCUUGUCUUUUCAUCCAGAGUUGGACCUCUCAAGAAGUGCACUUUGAUGUACGACCAGAGCGGGAAGUCAACUGGUACAGCUGUCAUCCAUUUUGUUCGAGUCGGAGAUGCCGCUGUUGCCUAUAACAAAUUUAACGGAGUCCCCCUUGAUGGACGCCCUAUGAAGAUUGAAAUUCUCUUGACACCCACUGUUGCUCAGGCUGUCCUUCCCCCUGCACAAGCACCAAGGGCAUUGACCAACAAUAACCAGGGACAACAACGAAACCCAGGCCACAGCCGUGGUAGCCGUGGAGGUCGUGGACGUGGACGUGGAGGUCGUAGCCAUGGCGAGAAGAGAGAAACCAAGACUGUGGAUCAGUUAGAUGCUGAGAUGAAUGACUACAUGCAAGUCGAUUCCUAAACCAUGGAUAAAUUUUUCUUUGGUUUCCACACACAUGUUUACCACCAAUCCACUGAACCCACGUUCUGGAUUUGAUGAAUGUCAAUUAUAAUGUUAGAAUUGUCUUGGAUUUUUAUUUUCAUUUUCAUUUUAUUUUUUAUUUUUUUUUUGUACUCGACACCUUGAUCUAUUUCUGACGAUACUAUGCCCGUUCAAGCUGCUUUGAUUCAUUCCCAAAUACCGCACAGACAUUACUAAAUAAAUGUACAAAA